AUGGAAUGGAUAUCAGAAAAUUUUGGCUUUGAUGAUUGUGAAGUUAACUAUCAAAGAGUCUCUUUAAACCAAUUAUCGGCAGAUCUAUCACAAGUAAUUAUAUUCGGAGUUGUUAUAGCAAAACAAGAUGCUCGUCGGAUUACAAGCAAAAAACAAUGUGGAUCUGAUCGUUAUGUCUUGAAUUUUACUCUUCGAGAUUCUACCAGUGAUACCAUAAACGCUGUUUGUUGGGGUGAAGAAAGUGUCAUUGGUCAACUAAGCUCUUCAUUUACAAUCGGUGACGUUGUGAGAAUUAAAAAUCCGCAGAUCAUGACGAAACAGCCAGGUGAAGCAGACGAAAAAUUUAGACCAUUAGUUACCAGCCAAUAUCAACUUAAUAUAAGUCCUACAUACAGCGAAAUCAUACUUUGUGAAGGAGAAGAUCAAAAAGCUUAUGAGAAUUUUUUACAUUGCGCAGUCCGUAAUUCUUCAGACUUAUUGAGUUUAGCGGAUGUUGUAUAUAACAGCCAAAAUGCUGAUGGGUUAUCAGUUAAUUUGCUUGUAGCUAUAAAAAAUAUAGGAAAAUUGCAAACCAUAAAAACAAAAGAUGGACGAGAAGUAAAGAAGUUUUCUCUCUCUGUUUUUGAUCAAUCUCACUCUAAUUUUCCAGUGCUUAUAUGGGAUGAAGAGACAGCAAAGUUUAUUUUAAAAUAUUGCAGCAAAAGAACUGUACUACUUAUGUCUGAUAUCAGAGUGCAAUACAACAAAUUUAUGAAAGAAAUGGCAGCAACUGCAACAAGUACAACAAUUUUUACUCCAGAACCAGAAAUAGCAGAUGGACGAGUGCUAUAUCAAUAUGCGAUGAACAUAUCAAUGCCAAACGAUGAUGAAGAUGAAUCAGAGAAAAUUUAUGCAACAACAGUUUAUACAGUGGAACAAAUCAUUCAGUUGAUGAAUAAUACAGAACUGAUGAAUGAUAUUCAAGGAUUCACUGUUGCCUUGAUUUCAGAAUUUGAUGUUGAUGGUACAACUAAACUUUCAAGUUUUAGAUGCCCCGGGUGCUUACAGUUGCUUCAGAAGCCAGAAGACAGAUGUGUGAAUGGAGGAUGUGACGUUGGAAGUGGAAUGAAAAAUGUGUUACCUGAACAAAUGUAUGAUUUACAGAUUUCACUUGCAGAUUCCACUGGUAGCAUCUCUAGAUGUUUGCUUUCCGGACAAGUAGCUCAAAAUCUUUUGGGUGCUACAGUUGCAGAGUUUUUAUCAAAAUCUGAUGAUGAGAAGACAUGCCUGAAAUGGAAAUAUUUAUUUGAAUGGUUUAAAGUACAAUUCAAAAUUUCUUCAGCAUUAAAUUGGAAUGGAAAAGCAAUUUUAAGAAUAUGUCAAAUUGAAAAAACUGAAGCCUAAAUUGUAAAGCUUGAUUCCUCAAAAAUACCAUUAAAAAUGUAACUGAAGAUAUAAG